AUGUCAUCACCAACUACAAAGAGACAGGCUACUAAGAAGAAGAAUGUGCAAUCUGAAAGUGCUCAACAUUCACAGACCACAACUACAAAGUCCCAAUCAAAAAGCUAUGAAGGAGAUACUGAAAAAUCUGGAGUGGGGCGAAAGAAUGUAAAGCGGAAACUUGACACAAGCAGCACAGGCCCAUGUCUGAAUGUUCAACUUAGGGAUCCACACGACACUCUCGCAGAUUUUCAAGAUGAAGAAGAAGAGGAAGAGGAGGAGGAAGCUGUGGAAGAGGAUAACUCUGAUCAUGUGGAGCCUGAUGUGGAAGAAGAGAAUGAUAAUGGAUUACGAAAUUACGGUGCAAUUGCAGUCUUUAAGGUCUAUGUUGUUUCAGUUGCUUCCGGUUGUGCAGCAAAAUAUAUUGACCUUAAUAGAUCUCUUGAUAGCGGUGGCGGAAGUAACGGAGGUGGUGGUGCUGGUUGUGGUGGAGGCGAUCGAGAUGGUGGUGGUGAUGGGAACGAUGAAGAUGGUGGUGGCGACGGAGAUGAAGAUGGUGAGGACGAGAUGAAGAUUUUGGUUCGUGUUUUGCUGAGAAGUAAAGAAGGAAGGGCGUGUAAUUGA